AGCUCCCCUCGUACAGAUAUCUCACGCCCCCAGUAGAACGGACUGCUUGUCAUCAUGGAGAACCUCAUCAACGCUGCUUCGGGAUUCCUGGGCAACCAGGCUGGUCAGAAGGGUAGCGGCAACGGCGGCUUUGACCUCGGUGACCUCGGUUCGCUCGUCUCUGCAGCAAGCAACCACGCGCAGCAGAACAACAACCCGCAGGAUUCGUCCAUGUUCUCGCAGAUUGCAUCGCACUUGCAGACGCAGCAGCAGCAAGGCAACAUCCGGCCAUCGGACGACGACCCGUCGGACGACCAGCUGAUGCAGCACCAUGACCAGGUCGUCAACAGCGACAACAACGUUGGCUCUGGCGAAAUCGGCAACGCUGCCGCGCUCAGCGCCAUCAAGAGCUUCCUGGGCAACAGUGGCAGCCAGCAGGGCGGCGGCAACAUGCAGAGCCAGUUGAUCGGUAUGGCCAUGUCUCAAGCAGCCCAAUUCUUCGACCAAAAGCAAGGUCAGGGCCUCGCACAGGGUAGCAAGAAUGACGCGGUCCAGCAGGCCGGUCAGAUGGCCAUGAAGCUGAUGAUGAAAAAUCAGCUUUCGAGCAUGAUCGGCGGCGGCAACAGCGGUGGUCUGGCGUCACUUGCCAGCAAGUUCUUGUAAGGAAACUUGAACAGUAGAACCGUUCAUUCGAGAUUCAAUUGGACACGGGAGGAGCUGACAGCUCUAGUUCGGGAUUCAAAUAAACAAUGUAGUACACAAAAAAGUGACAAUUUUUCAUCACAAGCCACCAAGGCUUUCCUCCGCUUUCCUUUAGCCUGAUCUCAUCUGCCUAAGAACUUGCCGAAUCCGCACUUUUUUGUCAUCUUCUCCGUCGUGGCUAUGGCAGUGCCGAAUGGCGGGGGAGCAGUGGGAUCGCUCACUGGCGCUGGGCGCUGACGGGAAUGCUGCUGCUCUUGAGAACGAGGGAUGCGAGGCUGGC